AUGCGCGCCUCAUCUCUGCUUUGGCUCGUCGCAGCCGCGGCCGCGGCACCCACAGACCACGUUGAAGAGGACGUAUCCCCAGGCGGUUUGGAAUCUAGAGCCCCCGAUAAUGACAAUGAUUCUGGCGUCGAUGACGUUCUCAACCCCGAGUGCCAGCGCAGUUGGCUCAACAAGGACGGUUACGUCCCCAACGAGCGGCAUCACGUCGAAGCCGCCUGCAAGUACAUCUUUGACGGGCUUCCCUUUCCCACAGAGGGGCUCGGGUGCACGUACUACAACGACAAGGACAUAACCAGGUCUCAUCCCGGCCUCGUCGCCUUUAAGGAGGCCGUGUGCGCCCACACCGACUUCCUGUAUUUGCCCGUUAACAUCAGGAACAAAUGCUGGACUAUCAGCACCAACAUCUACGCCAGGAACCUCCCGCGGCUCAGAUGCAGGAUGGAGCAGUUUUACCGACAAAAGUCGCCCUUUGCUAUAUAUCAGAAUCCUCCAGGCUACGUGAGCCCUUACCCUGCCGUGUGGGACAACUUGUACGGUCAACAAUUGAAGCAGACUCCUUGCCUGGGCGGUUUCAAGUCUUUCGGAUUCGCUCAGUUUGGCGACCUUGGAUUCGAAGAAAACCUGGUCAGAUGUUCAAACAAGCCAAUUCGGCCCAUGUUGGAGACCUGA